AUGAGCAACUCCAACUACACCCAAUUAUCCAUCAAUGACAUUAAUGAUGAUCAUAUGAUCCAAAUUGCCCCAGAUUACGAGAUGGCCAAUCCCAAAGUCACUGAGACUUUUGCUGAUGAAGGGAAAUUCACUGUUUGGUUUGAAAACUUGGCCAAGAGACAUUCCAACUGGAAUGUAACUAACACUCACUUUUCUCAGGCUACUAGUACAGCUAGUCUUAGAGACGUUGUAUUGACUGUAUACUUUGUCUGUGACCACCAAGAAUUCCUCAAGAAGGCCAAGAAUGGCUGCAAAGCCAAGAUUACCAAGAAAACCUUGCGUGAUGAGAGUGUCCAGGUAGAUUACCUGUGGCAGCAUGCCACCCACCAGCCUGAAAAUAAGGCAAUCAAAACUUUGCUUCGAAUCAACCCUCAGCGAUUGGAUGAGCUCAAAGCAGGUAUUGAUAUUGCCAGCUUCCCAAUGUCUCUUCGCAUUAACUAUCAUGAUACAAGUGUUGAGCAAUGGAUUGAGUUUUUGGAAAAAGAAAAGAACUACUUGGUUCACAUUGUCUUCCAUGAAGGUAAUGGACCAUACCUUGUUUCGUGGAUCUCUCCUUGGCAGAAGAAAAUUCUUGAGUUAGCAGAUGAGUGGUGCAUUGACUCAACUCACAAGACCUGUAAAUCUUUGGUAGAUUCUAGUAAGCACUCGUAUCUGUAUACGAUAGUUGUGAGAAGCAACGUUACCAACAAGGGUGUUCCUGUUUGCUUCUUUGUGACAAACGCAGAGUUUAUCACAACCUUGUUGCAAUGGCUCAAUUGGGUUAAAUCCAACUGUAGCUUGUGUGUCAAGUGCAUGAUGAUCGACUGCAGCCCGGUUGAGAUUGGUGCCUUGGAGGAAGACUUUGGCCAGUCUGUCCAGGUCCUUUUAUGCCACUGGCACAUCAAGAGAGCAUGGGAGAUGCACAUCAAAAAAGAUGUAAAAAUUACUGGAGCCACCCACAAAAGCAAGUGUGAACAGAAUGCAGUUUGGGUGGCUCUCAACUUGCUGAUACAUGCCAGAAGUAAGGAGCAUGCUAAGUGUGCUCUUUGGUCAAUGGCCUGGAGAGUAGAUGCCAGAUUCUACACGGACAAUCUGAUUGAAUCCUACUAUCACAUCUUGAAAGCUUACUACUUGGGUAGAUCAAGAAACUUCUGGACUGACUGGUUGGUUUACAUGCUCUCCCAAGUAGUUGAGCAUGACUAUAGACAAGAGGGUCUCAAGAUCAUGUAUAGGUUCAAACAGCUUGUUUUGACAUACACCGAGAAGUCAAAGAAAAAGAAGGCGUAUGAUAUUGCUCAUGAAGAUGCUCUUGGCAUGAUCUACAAGUGUUGCUCCUUUACUGACAAUUCUGUUUGGUACAAGCUCUUGGUCAAAGAGGAAGUACUGUCAGUCUGCUCUUGUCCAGACCCUAAUCAUUUGUUUCAGAUAGUUGACCAAAGUGAGAAGAGUUCUUUGGCACAGAAUAGACUGCGUGCUCUGGAGUUUGUUGAGAGACAUAGCAGCUUGAUCAAUAAGAUUGCUCAAGCUGUUGGUAAAAUAAAUGCCGUGGCAAGAGAUACUGCCUCUGGAAUGGACAUCACCAGCCAGAUUUUGGAAGAUUGUUUGUCUUCUUUGAAAGAAUCUGGUGUUUCUUUCUAG